CCCGGGAAGGUCCCCGGUUCACGUGGAGCCGGCCGCGGGGACAGUGUCCGCGAUGAAGCCCAGACCUGCAAGGUUCGUGGAUAAUAAGCUGAAGCAGCGAGUCAUCCAGUACCUCACCAGUAACAGAUGUGGCAAAUAUGUGGACACUGGCGUCUUAGCAUCUGAUUUACAAAGAAUGUACAGUAUAGACUAUGGUCGAAGAAAAAGAAAUGCUUUUAGGAUACAGGUAGAAAAAGUGUUUAGCAUAAUUAGUAGUGAGAAAGAACUUAAGGAUAUAACAGAAUUAGAAGAUGAACAUCUGGCAAAAAGAGCAAGACAAGGGGAAGACGAUAAUGAAUAUACUGAAAGCUAUUCUGAUGAUGAUUCAAAUAUGGAAGAUUACCCAGAUCUACAGUCAGCAAAUCAUAUGAACAGUUCCCUGCUCUCCUUAUAUCGGAAAGGAAAUCCUGCUUCUGUUUCAAGUGCUCCUGAGGUGGAGCAAAGAGAAACCACUGUUUCAACACCACGGAUAACUUCCAAAACAGGCUCCGUUCCUUCGAAGACCCCUGCCAGUGGUUCUGAAGGAGAAUGGUUUAUCGACAAAACCCCAAGUGGAGAGAAAGACAGUUUUUUCCUGGACCUGUCAGAUGAGAAAAGUAAUCGUAAGAAGCCAAUAUUUGAGAUAGAGGAUUCAAAAGAUUCUUCUCUUCUGGAGAGUAAUAAAAAAAAGAAAGGCAGGCUAAAGAGCAAAGGAAGCAAAAGGAAGCAGGAAGAUCUUCAGGAAGUAGAUGGACAAAUAGAAGCUGUCCUGCAAAAGAAAGCUAAUACCAGGGGGCUAGACUUGCAGAUCUCCAGCGUGAAGUUUGAAGAUGUUGGAGGCAAUGAUACAACAUUAAAAGAAGUCUGCAAGAUGCUCAUACACAUGCGUCACCCGGAGGUGUACCACCACCUGGGCGUUGUACCCCCCCGUGGAGUUCUCCUUCACGGACCGCCAGGCUGUGGGAAGACAUUGCUGGCACAGGCAAUUGCUGGGGAACUCGAGAUGCCGAUUCUGAAAGUAGCUGCUACGGAGAUUGUAUCGGGAGUAUCUGGAGAAUCUGAACAGAAGCUGAGAGAACUAUUCGAUCAAGCUGUGUCAAAUGCACCCUGUAUCCUUUUUAUUGAUGAAAUAGAUGCUAUUACCCCCAAAAGAGAAGUUGCUUCAAAAGAUAUGGAACGAAGAAUUGUAGCCCAGCUCCUAACCUGCAUGGAUGAUCUGAAUAAUGUGGCAGCUACAGCUCGGGUCCUAGUCAUUGGAGCUACUAACCGACCAGACUCGUUAGACCCUGCUCUGAGACGUGCAGGAAGGUUCGACCGAGAAAUAUGCUUGGGUAUCCCAGAUGAAGCAUCCAGAGAAAGAAUACUUCAAACUUUGUGCAGAAAACUACGACUUCCCGACAGUUUUCAUUUUCGCCAUUUAGCACACCUAACGCCAGGCUUUGUUGGCGCUGACCUGAUGGCACUCUGCCGUGAGGCAGCCGUGUGUGCAGUCAACAGGGUCUUAAGGAAGCUGGAGGAGUGGCAGAAGAAAGAUCCUGAGGUUGGAGGAUUGCCGUCUGAGGGAGGCCGGGAAGAAAGGAUUGGAACUGAGCCCACCUCCAAAACACAGGAUGAAUUGCAGAGGCUGCUGGGGCUGCUAAGAAACCAAGAUCCCCUCUCAGAGGAGCAGCUGCAAGGGCUGUGCAUUGAAUUGAAUGAUUUCAUUGUUGCUCUCUCCUCGGUCCAACCCUCUGCCAAAAGGGAAGGCUUUGUCACUGUCCCUAACGUGACAUGGGCAGAUAUUGGUGCCCUGGAAGAUAUUAGAGAGGAGCUCACCAUGGCAAUAUUGGCACCUGUCCGUAACCCAGACCAGUUCAAAGCUCUUGGAUUGGUGACGCCAGCUGGAGUCCUUCUCGCUGGUCCUCCUGGCUGUGGGAAAACUCUGCUGGCAAAGGCUGUUGCAAAUGAGUCUGGACUAAAUUUUAUAUCGGUCAAGGGCCCCGAAUUACUAAAUAUGUACGUUGGUGAGAGUGAGCGUGCUGUGCGGCAGGUUUUUCAGCGAGCCAAGAACUCAGCCCCCUGUGUGAUAUUCUUUGAUGAAGUGGAUGCCUUAUGCCCUCGAAGAUCAGAUCGAGAGACAGGGGCAAGUGUCCGGGUGGUGAAUCAGCUACUUACAGAGAUGGAUGGUCUAGAAACACGUCAGCAGGUUUUUAUCAUGGCAGCCACUAACAGGCCAGAUAUCAUUGACCCUGCAAUCCUGCGCCCAGGCCGCUUGGACAAAACACUCUUUGUGGGUUUGCCACCCCCAUCAGAUCGUCUUGCCAUCUUAAAAACUAUCACAAGGAAUGGCACCAAACCCCCACUGGAUACAGAUGUAAAUUUGGAAGCAAUUGCUGGUGACCUUCGCUGUGAUUGCUAUUCGGGCGCAGAUCUCUCUGCCUUGGUACGGGAAGCUUCUCUCUGUGCCCUGAGACAGGAAAUGGCAAGACAGAAGAGUGGAAGUGAAAAAGGUGAACUCAAGAUUAGUCAGAAGCACUUUGAAGAAGCUUUCAAGAAAGUAAAAUCAUCUAUAUCAAAAAAGGAUCGAAUGAUGUAUGAAGCUCUGCAGCGGUCGCUCAGCCCGUGA